UGGAAAAAUAUAACUUCUAUACUCGAGAUCGACAAUCUUGAUUCGCACAAUUGGACUUUGCGACAUGUUCAACUCCGAGAUAACCUCAAAAUUCUACGAAGAGAAGGCAUAAGCUCCACUAAAGUUUUAGAUUGGUACUUAGAUCAAGUUGAGGAAUACUUAGACAAUGCAAUAACAUCUCACUUUCAAGAAAAGCAAAAUGAUAUGAUGAUGACAGUGAUAUGGUGGCAGGUUUCCCUGACGACAUUGCUGAACUUCACUCCCUUUUUCUCAAACUUGAACAACCAAUAGAGAGCAUAAAGCCUGGUGGGAUUUUAAUGCAAACAGAUUAUCAUGGGAGAUACCGACAGGUGUUUAAAAAGCAAUUACGAGCAUUGCUGCCAAAAGGUUUUGAGGUGACUGGUUUAAGCUAUAUACAAUUAGUAUUUGAGCAAAUUGAAAACGUCCAGCCUUACCUGAAGAAAUCGGACAACUUCCUAAUCAAUUUCAGCAUCACAUCCUUGCCAUACCGCUGGACAACACUGCGACGUAUACUUUCCACGACUCUGGAGGAUGAAUUGAACCAGCCAUUUACGGAUACGUUCUUUCCGAAAGCUGAAAAUCUUAUUUCAAUUUGCAAACGAUUGUCCAAGCUAAGCGAAGAUAACAUGGAAGGGAUUUCGUACUCUACCCCAAAAAAUUCUGCCGACGACGAGGCUGAAAUGCCAAAUGAACUAUAUGCGCAAAGUGAAGAAAUGUUGCAACGGUUCCGAGACACGUUCGCUCAAGUGAGUGAGAUGGACUUGGAUCUGAAUUGGAUGCAAGUUUGCAAGGACUCUAUCUCCAAGCGACUUCAACGAGAUGACUGGGCAGAGUGCUGGGAUGAAAACAUCUUGACGAAAGGUCUCUCAUGGGUAAGGGAGUUUAUACUGCCGCUUGUGUCUUGCAUAGAAAACCAUGCUGUGGAUGCAAAUGUCAAAGAUCCUGCCUGGCUGCAGUAUUUGAGACACAAGAUCAUUUUGGAACAUCAUUUCUACCAUGCAUUCGUGCAAUCAAGACUGGAUAAUAUCUUUGGUAUCAUAGUCGACUUUCCUGCUUCGCUUCCUGCGAUAGAAGACCUAAAGAUUGCUCUGGAGAAAACUAGCAGAGAAGACCAUUUACGUGCCCAGUUACUUUCAGAAAUUAGCAGCAGGCUGCUACAUCAAGGCGCUAGCACCUCCGACAUUUUACACCAAUUCUUGUCUUGUAUCCGGUGCCUUCAAAUGCUGGAGGUGGCGCCAUCAACAAAUAGAAGCGUCCUGGCUAUGUUUGUGCGCUAUCUUCGAUCGUACCGCACAGAUACAGCAGCAGAAGUUAUUGCGAUUAUUACAAAUGGAGACCAAUUAUCAGCUUUUCGUGAUUCUCUGGGUGAUGAAGAUGUUGACGAAGCACUCGACCAAAUCGACGAUGAUGAUGAUGAACACAGUGCCUUUGGAAGAAAUUCAGCUGAACCAGCCAAAGUAAGCUGGUAUUUGGAAGAUCCGAACCUUGCAGUAGACAAUGAUUUUAUUCAAAAGCUUUCGUCCAAUCCUGUCCAAUUGUUGAUUGCAACGUGCAUAUCCAAGAAAGCAUUUUUGGAAGAUUAUAAGCGCUUCCUAGCGACAAACCUACUUGUAACUCGCAACUAUGAUACAGACAAUGAAGUACGACUACUGGAAUUACUGAAGCGAAGUUUUGGCGCCAACAAAUUCCAUGAAUGCGAUGUCAUGAUAAAGGAUAUUGAUGAUGGAAAGCGAGUUGAUAAGAUGAUCCAUGACCAAAAUGACGAUAUUGCAACUGACUUCCAUGGUGUUAUUCUCUCCAAGCAUUAUUGGCCAGAGAUGAAAGAUGCAGAAUCAGAAGCCAAACUUCCAGAGGAAUUUACACCUUACAUGGAGCUUUAUGGCGAUUCAUACAACUCACUCAAGUCAAACAGGAAGCUGAAGUGGCUACCAGCGCUAGCAAAGGCAAAUGUCGACGUCGUAAUAGGAGACAAAACAAUUAAUGUUGAUCUCAGCCCAUGGGGAGCUAGAAUACUGGCACUCUUUGAAACGAAACCCAUGUGGACAAAACAAGAUAUCUGCAGGUCAGAAGGAUUCGAUGAUAAGCGUGUGCAGUCGGAAUUGGCAGAGCUAGUUAAUCUACGAAUACUACGACGAGCGAAGUUUGGCAUGUACGUCAGCGCAGAUUACACGGAUAAUGGUAUUGACAGUUCUAGAACUCGGUGACGAUGCAAUAGCUUCAUGUACAUUAUGUAUUUAUCAACAUAAAAGUCAUAUAAUUGCUUAACUUUA